AUGGCCAAAAUGUCCGCCCUGGUCUUGCUGGGAUUCCAUGCAAUUUUGCUCAAUGUCGCGACAGCGGUUUUCCUUUGUAUACUGGCCGCAACCACAUCCACAUCUAGGAACAGGAAUCCGUCCGUCCUGCUGAUUGUCUCAGCGAUAAUUGAGAUUAUGAUCUGCAUUCCAUUCGCAAUCCUCCUGCUGCGUUACGACCAGUGGAUCGCUCAGAUAUCAACCUCGGCCCUCCAGACGAAACGAAUGCGACAGUAUCUUCUUCUGCUACUUUUAGGAUUGCUCCCAGGUCUUGUUUCUGCCGCUAUUACUGCCGGUGCGAUAUCCGUAUUCACAACGGCACGUACGGAUAAACUUUUUGACAAACCGAUUCCGACACUCGCUUUUGUUCUUUGGGUGCUGUCACUUGCCCUUCAAGUCAUGUUUUUGAUCCUCCUAGGAUCAACGUCAAAGACUAAGGUGCAACUGCCAGAGGUUUCGGAGCCACCCGAUAACCAGAUAAUUCAGAUGCACCAGGGGACGCGUCCGACCACGGGAGAUUCAGUCCCUUCUGACCCAUUCCGUGAGACAAAGUCUGUCAGCCUGCCUUCCGUAUUGGCUUCGGAAGGUACCAAUUCUCUACACUCGUCAUUUUCGACCAAUCAGAGACCCUCUUCGUCCAAGAAGGGCUUGUCAAUACGUUCCCAUUCUCAGCCACGUCAUUCUGAGCGCUCUUCAUCUGACGGGCCUUCUCGACGUCCGUCUCAAGAUGAAGGCGGCUUCGAUGCUUGGGAUACUUCUGAAGUCUCGCCUCAACUCCGUGACACCGUCCUGCAAGCCAAAGCUCUCGGCAAGGGCGUUGGACUGCCCACCAUACCUGGAAGUAGAUCUCCUUCUCCCGCCAAAGCUCUCGAGGGUCCUUUCUUCAACCCUAGUCCGGAAAGGAGUCCUCCACAGAGUCCAUUGCCACAACCCCCAGUCUCGGUGCCCUCCUCGCCCUUGCCAGGGUCUCCCGAAGCGUCACAUUUCGGUAGCCGCUUCCCACCUGUGACGCUGCCACCGGUCACUAACACCCCACCCUCAUCUCCACCGCAGACUCAAUCUCGACGAUUUUCCAGACCUGCUUCUCUUGCUCGAAGGCAGUCUGAAGAGCACAAUAUCCACCCUCUCUUCCGUUCCAGUAGUCCGACACCCCCACCAAGCGCAUCGUCGAAUACCGUGGUCACUGCAGCUCCCGAGGCUGGCGAAAUCAUUAAUCGGCAAGCGCUGCACAGAAUGCGCUCUACAAGUCAGCCGCCGACUUCUAGCCCACUUCGAAGAUCUGAGAGCUUUGGAAACAUUCGCGAAUCCAAAUUGACAGCCCCGUCAACAUUGCAAGACGAGCACUGUCCAGUGGCUGUCCCCCGGCGCACGGCCAUGCACCAACGCAAGCGAUCGGCAUCUUUUGAAGGAUGCAUCAUCAGGCACGAUGCGUAA